UUAUGGUAAGAGAGUUAACGCAUGCGCGUUGAAUUUGUUUUCCUUCCUAUUUCCUGUUUUUCGUGUUUUCCUACUAGCCGGCUGCUAACUUGAGCGAGUCUUCAAUUACUAGAGCUUGCUACAACGAUCAUUAUGGCGAAGGUCAAUCUUCGGUCUGUUUUUCCAUCACUACCUAAAACGGAAAGAGGCAAGGCAAUAGUUCUCGGUGCUGAUCCUAAAGGGGAGACAUUCCUGUAUUCCAAUGGCAAUAACAUCUUCAUCCGAGACAUUAAUAAUGCUGCCAAGUGUGAUAUCUACUCAGAGCAUACCACAUCAUGUACAGUGGCUGCAUACUCACCAUCUAGGUUCUACAUCGCCUCUGGAGACGCCAGUGGCAAGGUCAGAAUCUGGGACACCGUAAACCCCGAGCAUGUCCUAAAAAAUGAGUUCCAUGUGCUAGGGGGCGGAGUCAGAGACAUUUCCUGGGCAUCAGACAACACGAAACUGGCCGUGGUUGGAGAGGGAAAACAACUAUGCGCCAAAGUGAUCACAGCGGAUUCUGGCAAUACAGUUGGAGACCUGUCUGGUCACAAUGGCACAGUUAACUCUGUGUCUUACAAGGCUACACGACCGUUCCGUCUUGUGACCGCGGGAGAGGACAUGCGCACCCAGUUCUAUGAAGGUCCUCCUUUCAAGUACAAGCAGCAGAAUAUGGAGCACACCAACUUUGUGAACUGCGUACGCUUCAGUCCGAAAGGGGAGUUCUACAUCACAGGAGGAGCUGAUGGAAAGGCAUAUGUGUAUGACGGCACAACAAGUGAUCAACUCGGAACAUUGGGCGACAAGGCUCAUAAUGGAGGGAUCUAUGCUUUGGAGUUCAGUGCAGAUGGGAAGGAAGUGUUGACCGUGUCAGGGGACAAGUCCGCGAAAAUCUGGAACGUUGCUGACCCCAAGAACGCACAGGAAGUAGUUACGUUCAGCUUUGGCAAUCAGAUAUCGGACAUGAUGGUCGGCUGCCUGUGGUCAGGUAACAACCUCAUCACCGUGUCAUUGGAUGGCUUCAUAUCCUUCCUCGAUAGAAACAACCCUUCAACCCCGUCUAAAGUCCUCAAGGGCCACAAUAAACCGGUCACUGCGCUGGCCCUUUCACCUGACAGAUCAACCAUCUACAGCAGUGGUCUAGAGGCAGUGUCAGCGUCCAAAGAUAAAGUGAACGCUAACAUCUAUAUCCUUUCAGUGCUGAUUUCUUUCCUUAACACCAACUCACUUGCGUGGAACAUCAACACGGGGUUGUGUGAGAUGUUUAAAGGUCAAGGUCACACAAACCAGGUGUUGGAGAUGGUUGCCGUGGGGGACAGCCUUAUUUCUGUCUCUAUGGACGACACAAUCCGCUUCACAAGUCUUUCCAGCCGCCAAUACGGUUCAGAGGCGUGCAAGCUUCCAUCUCAGCCCCGAGCUGUCGCUGCUCUACCAUCCGGCGUGGCAGUUGUCUGCUGUGAAAGUCACAUAGCCGUGGUGGAAAAAGGCAACAUAAUGUUCCAGCAACAAGUGAAAUUCGGACCAACAUGUGUUGGCAUUCAUUCGGAUGGUUCAACUGUUGCUUUCGGCGGUCAAAGUGAUUUGCAUAUCUUUGAAUUGAGUGGUACAGCCUUAAAAGGCGUUCGUGUGAUCAAGACUGAAGACGACGUGAUGAGGGUGAAGUUCUCGCCAGAUGGCGCUAUGCUUGCUGUCUGCACUGGAAGCAAGAGGUGGACAUACGUGUAUGAUAUCAGCGACGAUUACAAGCAAAUGUUCCGCAACACAAAGCAGACAGGAAAGAUUUUCUCGCUAGACUGGUCUCCCAACUCUCAGUACUAUGCGACUGGUAGUCUGGACGGCAGCUUGGCUGUCUGGUGCCUAGAUACAGCCUUCAACAAACAAUUGCUCUGUCUGAAAGGAGAUGCCCACAAGAAGUCCAGUGUGUCUCAGCUCCUCUGGUUGGGUGACAACACUUUAGUAACAGCCAGUAGCGACUGCUCCAUCAAACUGUGGAACCUUGUACAAUAAUAGGGCCACUCUACUAGACUCUAGUGAAUUUAAGACUUUAGAUUUAUGCAAUUGAAGCCACACAAACAUCAAACUGUGGGACGUUAAACAAUUCUUGGGCCACUGAACUAGACUAGCGAAGUUAAGACUGUAGAUUUAUGCAAUGGUUGCCACACAGGAAAGAAAAAUAAUUGUUGCAAAAAAGGUCUUCAAAUUAUGUUAUUCAGCUUAAUAUGUUAUUAUUUGUGUUCAGUAUUUCUAGCAAAUGUACAAAUAGCCUUGACAAUGUUAAACACUUUUACUAAAUUUCAUUUUGAAGCUGUGUAACAAAUGUUGAUGUAAUCUUCGCAAUCUUGACUUUAAUGUAAAAUUUUUACAAAUUGAAACCAAAGCCAAGAAAAUUGUGUUACUUCAUAGCCUUUGGAAACUUGAACUUUAUGAAAUUGGAAAAAAAGGAAAACGUUAAUAACAAGACAUAUCUUCAAAGUGUGUCUUGGUUGCUUGCAGCCGAAGAAAUCAAUGGUAAAAAUGAGUUACUGAAAGUUAUCAUUUCGAAAAUGUAAAAUCUUAUAAAGGUUUGUUUUUGUAGUCGACAGAAAUUUUAGGAUUAUUUAAUGACUUAUGCAAAUACCAGUAUAUUUCAAUUAAAUACACACAUGCUUAAGUACUAAUCGCUGAUUGGAUAGGGAAUGUUUACUUUUUUGUUUGAAUUCAUAAGAAAAAAAUUCUUAAGUGGUGAAAUUAAUGUUUAGUGAAGGUUUUAGUAUAUUUUCACAUCUUUUAUUGCAAUAUUUUUUGUAUAGUGUAUUUUUGUAUUUUUUUGCUUUCGCAUUUGCAUGACUAUGUUCACAUAUUUCAUGUAUAUAAGUGUAUCCCAAAAUAUAACAAUGACAUGAGCUUUGAAAAGUGUCUCUUUUUACAUGUUAACACAUUACAUGUAGUGUAACUUUAUCGUUCAAUAUAUUAAAGCGCUCUAUUUGUUGUAUUUACAUCUGAAAACACUAGUGUAACAUUGUUAUUUCCAUGUAUUUAAAUGCUCAGUCUGUUUUCUUUAAUUUUUAUUCUUUUAGAAUAAUAUAUGA